CGGCGCUGAGCCGCGGGGUGCGCCGGGAGCUGUAUGCGUCACGGGGUCGGCCGCGGUGGGGCGGAGAGCCGGGGCGGGGUGCGGGCCCGAGCGAGCGGCCGGUGGCGGAGGAGCGGUCCGGGCGUUGCGGGGCUUUUCGGAGCGGCGGGCGGACAGAGGGCCGGGCUGCCCGAGGGGCACGCAGCGACGGGAACGAAGUGAGGGGAGCGCCGCAAGCGCUCCGCAGCCGCCAUCGCUUCGUAGCGCGGCCCGGCACGGCGCAGCCAUGUCGGGGCUCCUGGGGAAGCUGUUCGGGGCCGGCGCCGGCGGGAAGGGCGCAGGAAAGGGCCCGUCUCCUCAGGAGGCCAUCCAGCGGCUGCGGGAUACGGAGGAGAUGCUGAGCAAGAAGCAGGAGUUCCUGGAGAAGAAGAUCGAGCAGGAGCUGGCGGCGGCACGCAAACACGGCACCAAGAACAAGCGCGCUGCUCUUCAGGCCCUAAAGCGUAAGAAGAGGUAUGAGAAGCAGCUUGCACAGAUAGAUGGCACGUUGUCCACAAUUGAAUUUCAGAGGGAAGCCCUGGAGAAUGCCAACACCAACACUGAAGUGCUUAAGAAUAUGGGCUUUGCUGCUAAAGCUAUGAAAGCUGCUCAUGACAACAUGGAUAUUGAUAAAGUUGAUGAAUUAAUGCAGGACAUUGCGGAACAGCAAGAGCUGGCAGAUGAGAUCUCAACAGCCAUCUCGAAGCCAGUAGGAUUUGGGGAAGAGUUUGAUGAGGAUGAACUCAUGGCAGAACUAGAGGAACUAGAACAAGAAGAAUUAGACAAAAACUUGCUGGAAAUAAGUGGUCCCGAAACAGUACCACUACCAAAUGUGCCCUCAAUAUCAAUACCAUCAAAGCCAGCCAAGAAGAAAGAGGAAGAAGAGGAUGAUGACAUGAAAGAGCUGGAAGCUUGGGCAGGAAACAUGUAACCACAGCAGUAAUUGGCUGGAAAAAGACUUUGAUUACCUGUUCUGGGUGCAAAUAUAUUGUGUUGAGGAGAAAGCAUAAGUAAAAUGUCUUUAUCUUUAAUUUUAACCUGAAGCAGUGGGAACUGCGUUGCUGUUUUCUGCAUAGCGUGGUCUGCACAAAGGAAAGAGAGGGGAGCAGAGGGAAUUGCCUGCAGUUUGUACGGUUGAAUUUCUGUAAAAAGGUAUUUGCAAAAUUAAACAUUCAGCUUUUUGGACUGUGCUAAUGCCACUGCUGGAUCUUCAUCUUCAAACGUUUGGGCGUAUUGAAUUGAAAUGAGCUGAAAAGCACUCUGUAAUUUUAAGUCAGUUUAAGUGUGUUUAGAAGUCUUGUAAGGCAUUUAAAAAAAAAAAAAAGGAAAAGUGGUAAAGCCACCAUCGGCUUCUUAUUGUGUUUAGGUGCAGGAAUACUUUAGGUUUUUAGUUCUUUGCAAGUUAUAUUUAUAUCCCUUGACUGAUGUGUGGCCAGCCUUGUGUCUGUCACUGCAACAACGUAGUCUCUAUUCCCAUUUUAAUUGGUGAUAAUGAUCUGCAAUUGACAAAUGCUAUCUUGGAAGUAGGGAAGAUUUAAAUUUCAGUUGUACAUUUUUCUACAUAGCACUACAAUGUUUAUUGCUUUUUGUGAUAAUUGAUAACCCAUUCAGAUACAUGCACACAAUUAUUUUAAUUAAGAAACUACUAUGGAUUGCACUGUAUUAAAUAUCUUGAUUAAUUUUCAUCUGUGACUACUGUCAUCAGUUCCUUAUGAUGUUUAAGCAAUCUUCAGAGCUAGUUGAAUGUUGGUGAUCUGGCUUUAAUUUGCUUGCAUAAAACUUAAGUCUUAGCUGGGCAAAGUA